GAAGCGGAAAAUGCCAUUACCGCUAUGAAUGGUCAAUGGUUGGGCUCUCGUUCGAUACGCACGAAUUGGGCUACAAGAAAACCGCCGGCGACAAAAUUGGAUGUUAAUGCCAAACCUUUAACCUUCGAUGAGGUGUACAACCAAAGCAGUCCCACUAAUUGCACCGUCUAUUGUGGUGGCAUCAAUGGUGCAUUGUCCGGCUUUCUAAACGAGGAUAUUUUGCAGAAAACUUUCUCUCCCUAUGGCACAAUUCAGGAGAUAAGGGUGUUCAAGGACAAAGGAUAUGCAUUUGUGCG